CGAGCGUUUCGUGUAUAUAUUUCGAGUGUGCGUGUUGUAAAUAGAACGCUAUUGUCAGAUAGAGAAUUAUUUUCGAAUGUGCAUCCGAAGCAUUUAUGCAGUAUGUCGUGGAAUCGAAGCUGCAGGCGCUUCUUAACGACGGAGCAAACAGUUUUAUGGACUUGGAGUGGCUGCAGCCAGAGUUGCCGUCGUUCUUCGACGAAACAAAGUUUCUCCUCGGUCAGCAGAUGUUUUACAACAACGCUUUCACCAUGAUGAUUGCCAAACUGUGCGGGCUGUUAUCUUUAUUCGCUGUACCAUCGAUCAAGAACGUUUUAACAUUCACCGGACAGAGUGGCGCACGAUGCAACGCGUUUCGCAGAUACGUAUCCACAAUUUUGCACAAUUGGGUCUGGUACGGGAGGAAAGCUGGCAUAGAAAAAGAAUUUCUCGAAUCGUUGAAAAUCGUGCGAAAGAAGCACUGCGUAGCGUUUCGAAGAAGCUCGGAGGCGGGACUGAGCAGAGUCUCGCAACUGGAUAUGGCACUGGCUCAAUUUGGAUUCAUGGGUUUCACCCUGCUGUCUGGUGACUAUCUUGGGGUGAACAACAGUUCCGAGGAACUCGAAGGACUGAUUCAUUUCUGGCGAGUCAUUGGCAGUAUGCUCGGCAUGGAAGACAAGUACAACAUUUGCACCGGAAACGUGGAAGAGUCACGUGCUCUUUGCAGACGACUUCUGGACGAGGUCUUCCUCCCCUCGUUUGUCAGUAAUAGCAAGGAUUUCGAAGAGAUGAGUCGUGUUGUAUUAGAAUCUGUAUGGCCCGUGAAUCCUUAUAUAGAUCCAAAUGCUUUCAUCAAGUUCACGCUCAUUCUGGCAUCCAAAGCCGCCACGAAUAACAACCAUUCGUUAAAGAUAGAUUCAUCAAACAUGCCGUGGUACAGUAGAUUCAUCUUGAAUGUUCAACUAAUUACUCAUAAAUAUCUACUAGCAACAACUUACUGGUGGUCCAGAUUUUUCAGGGCGUACUUCAAUAGUCAGAUGCGAUUGGCGAUCUACUUGACAGAAAACUUACCGUUUCUGGCGUUUUGGAGUUAUGGUGUAAAACGCUCAUACGUCAACAUAUACAAAUAUCGCGUCGUUUGAUCUUAGACUUUUGCUUCAACAUUAUUGAACAAUAAUGUUGAACAAUAAUGAAAGAAACAGGGUUAUCAAUGUGUGCGUAAUUCGAUGUAAAAUGUUUGUAUAAAUGUACGACGCUUUGUAUAAGUGUACAACGUUAAGGUCGAUUUAAGUCGAAGCUCAGUUUAGAAAAUAAGUAGUUUAAACUUAAAAAGUGAGUAGUUCUUAAGGCUCUGUCUAUAAUUUUGUAUUUUGUCUAUUUUAAUAUAGAUACAGUGAGCAACAA